GUGGCGCUCCCGAGUCGCCCGGCAGAGAAGCGGGAGCGAGAGCGAGCAGCGGGAGGGCCGAGGAGCUGCCCGCGUCCCGCUUGGCCCGGCAGCAUGUCUUCCAACUCCAGCCUCAGCACCCUGCAGCGCCUGGUGGAGCAGCUCAAGCUGGAGGCCGGCGUGGAAAGGAUCCGGGUGUCUCAGGCUGCCGCAGAGCUUCAGCAAUACUGUAUGCAGAACGCUUGCAAAGAUGCUUUGCUUGUUGGAGUUCCUGCCGGAAGCAACCCGUUUCGGGAGCCCAGGUCCUGCACAUUGCUCUGAAGGAAAGGUUAUCGGAAAGUUUUCUUCAAGUAUGAGCAGAAUCUCAUCAGCCUUCCUUUUUUCAAUGGACCUUUUUUCAGUAUCCUUCCUUCUGUGUGGCCAAAACUGCAUCUUUUGAUAUUUAUUAGUCUGCUUGACCAUGUUGGUAACUAAUUAGAUCUUUUUCUAAUACUUGUAUAAAGCAUUUUAUAAGGAAAAGGCUUUCCUUUUAUAAUUGAGUCUGUCUCCUUUCUAUACUUACUCCUCUGAGAUGUUUACAUUUUAGAAAAAAAAUACCAAACAACCUAUUCAUUUAUUAAUGGCUGUGCCUAAAUGAGACACUGACUAGGUACCUUCUUACCCAUCGCUUUACAUUUAACUGAAGAAGGAUUCUCACAGCCAAAGUUAAGACAAUUUGAGGCUGUACUCUCAUGAACU